CCGGGCGCGUUAGGUUGCCGCUCGGCGGCGGGCGGAGCUGGUCCCGUUGUGCUGCGGCUCCGCGCGGCCUGCAGUCCCGGGCCCGCGCCCCGCGCCGCCCGCCCGCCCGCCAUGGAGCCCGGCCCCGACGGCCCUGCCGCCUUCGGCCCUGCUGACAUCCACGAGGGCUGGUUCCGCGAGACGUGCAGCCUGUGGCCCGGCCAGGCCCUGUCGCUGCAGGUGGAGCAGCUCCUACACCAUCAGCGCUCGCAGUACCAGGAUAUCCUUGUCUUCCGCAGUAAGAGCUACGGCAACGUGCUGGUGUUGGACGGUGUCAUCCAAUGCACGGAGAGGGACGAGUUCUCCUACCAGGAGAUGAUAGCCAACCUGCCCCUCUGCAGCCACCCAAACCCACGGAAGGUGCUGAUCAUCGGGGGUGGGGACGGAGGUGUCCUGCGGGAGGUGUUGAAGCAUUCCUCCGUGGAGUCUGUGGUCCAGUGUGAGAUUGAUGAGGACGUCAUCCAGGUCUCCAAGAAGUUCCUGCCGGGCAUGGCCGUGGGCUACUCCAGCUCCAAACUGACCCUACACGUGGGCGACGGUUUUGAGUUCAUGAAACAGAACCAGGAUGCCUUCGAUGUUAUCAUCACUGACUCCUCAGACCCUAUGGGCCCUGCAGAGAGUCUCUUCAAGGAGUCCUAUUACCAGCUCAUGAAGACGGCCCUCAAGGACAAUGGCGUCCUCUGCUGCCAGGGCGAGUGUCAGUGGCUGCACCUGGACCUCAUCAAGCAGAUGCGGCAGUUCUGCAAGUCACUCUUCCCCGUGGUGGCCUAUGCGUACUGCACCAUCCCCACCUACCCCAGCGGCCAGAUAGGCUUCAUGCUGUGCAGCAAAAAUCCCAGCACCGACUUCCAGAAGCCCGUGCAGCCUCUGACACAGAAGCAGGUGGAGCAGAUGCAGCUGAAGUACUACAACUCAGACGUGCACCAGGCCGCCUUCGUCCUGCCCGAGUUUGCACGCAAGGCCCUGAAUGAUGUGAGCUGAGCCCAGGCGCCCCUGCUGACACCGCCCAGGACCUCAGGCCAGGGAGCCUCCAGGGCGCCUGGGCGCGACAAGCCCUGGAUGAGACCCCCCACCCCCCGCCCCGCCGGUGUGCCCACCAAGCAAGUGUUACAGGCCCCAGAAUGCUGCCCGGGCUGCCCUGCUGGGCGGACUGUCUCUCUGUCGAAGUGGCGUCCAGCCUCCAAGCCUCUACCAACUGUGUACAGCACCUUCUCCACCUUCUGUCGCCCUCACUCACCAAACACGUGUAUUUAUAACAAAUUCCGAAUCGUGUGUCCCCAGACCUUGAAUGGGCCCAGGCAGGUGCCACAUCAGCCAGUGUUGGGCGUUCCUGUGUAUUGGGCUCGGAGCUGACCCCAGCAUCUGGCCUCCAGGUAUCCGCCACGUGUCGGUGAAUAGGCAGACCCGGCCCUUCUGUGU